AUGGGUUGGAUCAGAGGUCAUACCAUAGGCCGCGGCUCCUCUGCUGCCGUCUCCGCGGCCAAGUCAAUUUGGUCCGGUGAGGUUUUUGCUGUUAAGUCAGUGGAGCUAUGCCAGUCGCAGUUGUUGCAGAAGGAGCAGAGAAUUCUGUCCCAAUUGAGCUCCCCUUAUAUAGUUAGCUACAAGGGGUAUGAUGUUACCAAAGAGAACGAUAAACUCAUCUUUAAUCUUAUGAUGGAGUACAUGCCGAACGGCACACUUUCCGAUGAAAUUCGGAAACAGAGUGGUCGGUUUAACGAACAAUUGAUCGGGUAUUAUACGAAGCAAAUUCUGCUAGGAUUAGAGUACUUACAUUCAAGGGGCAUAGCACACUGUGACAUAAAGGGGGACAACAUUUUGUUACGUAAAACCGGUGCCAAAAUUGCAGAUUUUGGUUGUUCCAGGUGGGUUGAUCCGGACGGUGAUGCAAACCCAAUUGGAGGAACGCCAAUGUUUAUGGCGCCAGAGGUGGCGCGUGGGGAAGAACAGGGGUGUCCAGCAGAUAUUUGGGGAUUGGGAUGUACAAUUAUUGAAAUGGCCACUGGUGGAUCACCAUGGACUAAUGUGACAAACUCAGCUUCAUUACUUUACAAAAUUGCAUUUUCUGGGCAAUCCCCUGAAAUUCCUAAAUUCCUCUCUUUACAAGCAAGGGAUUUCUUAAGCAAAUGCUUGAUAAGAGAUGCAAAAGAAAGAUGGACAGCUAAAGAGCUCCUCAAAUAUCCGUUUCUUAAGGAAUUGAAUAUGCAUUCCAUGGCAAAUCAAGAUUCUGUAACAAACUCACCAACAAGCAUUCUUGAUCAAGACAUAUGGAAUUCGGUAGAGGAAUUAGAAACCAUGAAUUCUACAAUACUACGAAAAGUUAGCUCACCGGAAUCUCCUCUGCAAAGGGUAAGAGAAUUGGGUUCGAAUUCGAGUGAAUUAAAGCGGAUAUGGAAUGAUGAUGAGAGAUGGAUCACUAUUAGAAGCAGUAGUAGUGAAUGA